GAGAAGACGUCACGGGUCGAAGUUGAAAACGCAGAAAACACAAACAGCAUGGAGACGGAGAGCAGGAGAGGAAACGGGGGCUCAACCAAAGCCUCAAAAAAAGGUUUGUGAACUUUAUUAAAUAAAUAUGUUACUUUGUCGUAUUCAUAUCUGGCCCUACUAUAAUACUUUUAGACGUACAAACACCAGAAAAGACUUUAAGUUUGGUGUGAAUUGGCUGACAGACUCAGUGCUGUCUCUUGUCCUGAAAAGACUAUGGAGCCAAAAUUAAACAAAGUAUGGUUCAGAUUGACAUUAUGGUUAAUAGAGGUCAUUUUAUCAUGUUUACUUGUUUGUUGUGACAGGUGGUAAAAAGAGCAAAGCGCUGACUGCAGAAGAAGAGAUCAGGAGGUAUGAAUGGGUGUUUUUUUCACUGAAUGCUCAAACUGUGUCAAAGCUCAUGUUUCAUACUUUAAAAGACAUUUUACUUAAACUUUCAUAUGCUCAACAGAAGAUCAUUAGACCUGUCAAAGUGCGUUUGUUGAUUUAUCAGGAGAGAGGCUGUCAAGGAAGCGUUAAGGGAGAAACUUGAGUUGGAGAAAAGAGCUCUGAAGGUGGUGGAGCGCCUCCUGGAGGACAGAGUGGCUGAAGAUGUCCUGAUUGACUGUGUAUGUAUUUGCUCAUGUCUUCCUAUGGCAGUCUAGAAAGUGUCAGUUAAUGUGUUCAGAUGGAGAGAGGGCACAAACUUGCAUUGACAGAUUAGAAUAAGUCCAGGAGAUGACUUUAAACUGACUUACUUUCCCACCUGUUCUGUAUGUUGUUAUUUCUUAAUUUCAUAACUUGGUGGUGCUACAACCUUUUGUUUGUCCGGUUUUGAAAAUGACAAGUAUUUCACAAGCAAAUGAUCUAACUGGUUUGAAAAAACAAACAAACAAAAACAUCUGUCUGUCUUCACGUGAUAAAAGUUAUAUUAGAAUAAGUGAGGCUGAAACAAUUGUAACAUGAUUUUUUUCAGCACCCAGAAAUAGACCAUAAUUUCUGAACAAAUAUAUUUUGAUAAUAGUGAGAGCAGUAAGCUUUAACAUUGAGGAUGCUUAUAUUUAUCUUAAUUUAAGUACAAUGGAAUCAAUUAAUUGAAAAUCUUAUUUAAAGAGUUUUUACUGAUGUGCUUCAGGUUGAUAUUUUUGUUACUCUUGGGGGACAACAUGUUUUUGUCUCAAUUUUCUCAACAGGCCAGACUAAUAUCUCCAGCCAAUUACAAAGAUGCUGUGGAGGAGAGGUUUAUUGUCAAACUUUGUGGCUAUCCCAUCUGUUCGAAUAAACUGGGCAAGGUAGGAACCUUUAUAUCUCCCCUUACUGUCCUGUAAUAAAUCUGCUUGUUCUUGAGUUUUGAGCUUGAUUUUUUUCAAUGUCUUUUUCUUCUUCUUUAGGUCCCGACUCAGCAGUUUAAAAUUUCUACCAAAACCAACAAAGUUUAUGACAUCACAGAGCGCAAGGUGAGGACUCCCAGUUCUGGCUUUGAAAUACUAAUAUUUCAUAUUUCAUAAUUACACCCAAGAGUUAAAGUCAAAUCACACUUAAUGAUUGUGAUUCUUCUCUGGUGAUCAGUGUUUUUGUAGCAACUUCUGCUACAAAGCAUCGAAACAGUUCGAGCUGCAAAUAUCAAAAACUCCUCUUUGGCUCCGGCAGCAUGAAAGGUUUGUGUGCUCUUCAUGUUUUUAUCCUGAUUGACAAUCAUUUCCUAAUCAAUAAUUAUUAUAAUUUUCUGCACAUCUGCAAUUUGAGUUUACUGUCUUUCUCACUGAUAGCCCAUCAGAAAUUAAACUGAUGAAGAAAGGAGAUAGGUAUGUAUGAUUCAUAUAAUUUUUAUAAUUUUAUAAUUCCAGUUGUUGUAAAUGUGAUUUAGGUUGUAUCAUAAAAAAGACUAAUUGCAUGUAUUCUUUGUCUGUGCAGCGGGAGUUCUGGUGAGGAGGUGAUGCUGUUGGAGAGGUGCCUCCAACAGGUGGACAUUGAGAACCCUGAAGUCCCUCUCUCUUCUCAGCAGCGUCCUGAUGCAGCCAGCCUAGACCACAGUGAUGGCAGUGACACUGAGCAGGACUUUGUCUCAAGCGUUGUUUCUCAGCAACAGGGGCCAAGGGUGCACUGGGGCCACCUUCCCAAACGUUCAGAUGCAGAUAGGCAAGAAGAAGAGAGAAGAAAGACUGAGAGGCAACACAAACAGGAGAGAGAGGGUAAGGAAGAGCAGACUGACAGGCAUCAGAAUUCAAAAGAGGGACAGAUGAGGAGUGAUGAGAGUGGGCCGAAGUCACAUCCAAGUGAAGCAGAAGUUUAUUCUGGAAAACCAGAACAGCUGCUCUCAUCAAAUACAGCCCUAUCUAAAGUAGAGGAGGUUACAAAGGAGGAAAGCUUAGAGAAGGAAUCUAAAGUGGAGGAGGCAAGUAACAAGCUGAGUUUGUGCAAUUUAUCUGAGACAGACCCUCACACUGCUCCGCUGACGGUUCUCUCAACAGCCACACAAGCAGAAAACUCACAUCGCCUUAACCCUGCAGCAAAUGGAGAGGGUAAAAACCCCUCAUCAGAGAGCAAAUAUCUUCCUUCUGUCGCACUCAACAGCAACAAUGUGAACAGCCGGGACACUGCACUGACAGACCAGCAAAGUCUCAACAUCACCCAAGUAGGUAUGAGCAAGACAGGAGCAGCAGGACUACGAAGUCUGCUCAAGAACCACACAACUGCAGCCAAACCUGAAUCUAUGCGGUUGAGCCUCCUCGAGGGUUUGAAGAGAACAUUAAAGGAGUGGAGCACUGAUGAGACCCUGAAGUUUUUAUACGGAGCUGACCAUUCACUCGGCUCUCCUUUUGCUGAUGACAAAGAGGAUGAAAACAAAGCAGAAGAGGAGGAGGAGCUGGAUGAAGAUGAUCUUGAUGAUGAGGCAACAAAUGAGGAAGAAGGAGGUGUGGAUGUUGGGGUUUGCAAUAGACCGUCUGCUGCCGCUCCGGACUACAAGACUCUACAGAAGGAGAGUCAGCAGAUGGAGCUGAGAGUCAGAGAGUUUUUUAAAGGGACCUGGAUCCUGCCUGAGGAGGGAAAGGAGCACAAAAGUGACGAGGUGAAUAACUGAUGGGAUUGGGUAAUACUCAUGUUCUGAAGUUUGCUAUCCACCAAUCACAUCUCUUUGUACCACACCAGGUGACAGUCCAGGCUCAGAGCAGGAAGGACCCCGCUCUGCCACUCGUCGACUCUCAGGCCCAGCACCUCAUCCAGAAACGAAUCACUGUGGAGAAGCUCAACAGCUGGUGUGUUGUUGUUUUUUAGUGUUGGUGUGCAUGUCUACAGCUGAAUGUGGACACAAGUGUGAACUCAUACAAAUCUCUCAUCAGUCACUUCCUGUACCUUUAGCUAUAAAAAUAUAUAUCAUGUUUUGAUUAGUCAGUAAAAAUACAUGAAUCUGGAUUUAGUUUGGUUUAAACUGGUCACAAGUUAAUAAAUUGGCAUAGGCUGAUUAAAAUGUGUAAGCAAAAUGUUAUUGAGGCUGUUGUGCCCUUUAUGUGUCCUGGCAUAUGCAGUAUUAAUAGUUCAAGAAUAAGACUAAAAUUGGUCCAAGACUUAAAGCAAGAAUAGUGAAAAGAAUCAAGCAGUAAAAAUGUGAAAUUGUAAAAAUAGAAUAAAGAAGUAGCAUUUUUAUUCUUCUGUUGAUGCCUCAUAUUACUAUAAAUAACGGUUUUGUUUUUAUGACACCGCUAUGACUCCUCUGAUUCAUACAGUUGCUCAUUUCUGCUAUAACACAGAUCUUAGAUAUAUAAUGUUUCUGUUUUUGACUCCAGCCUCGUGUCUCUGUGUUUUUCAGUCUCAGAAACAUCGUCGGCCCUCUGCAUCUCACCAUGAGUGACGUCUCCACUGACCUGAACAGCCUGGUCAGAACAUUUAGGUCAGUACAGCACACACACGCAUACACAGUCUUCCCUGCAGGUCUCUUCCUGCAGAAGGUCACAGAUGUAAAAAACUGCCAACACCUUUUUCUGCAGAGGAAAAUUUAGCCCACUCACAACCUAAAAUGCAUCAGAAAAAUGAAUCUCUGGAUGUAAUUUUAAACAUUUUGAGAGAGCCAAAACACUCAGCUGAUAAGACGUUAAAGGUACGGUGCAAGAGUGAUCGGUUACAGCAGAGUUUUGUUGCGUUUGUUGAUAAUCUUCUUUUUGAGGGGCAGAUAUUUGUCCACAGUUUUUCUCAUAAAGAUAAAUAAGGCACAUCCAGAUAUCUGUGUACGCCAUCUCUAUGGUCUUAAAUUAACAAGCUGAAUAUACUGUAUUUAUUUGUUGUUCUACUCUAAUAGCUACAUGCAGGAAUUCUGUCAUAUGAUAUUUAUUCAAGCAAAGGGUGUAAAUAAGCAACUCCUCAUCACUUUUCCUACUUAAACUUAUGAAUUACAGUGUGUUUUAGAUAUUUCAGAGUGAGGAAUAUAUUUUCUCGCUGUAGAACUUAAGAGGAUCAACAUUUCUUUUCUCCUUUUGAGAUCUGUUGAUGCUCUGCAGAGACUGAUAAUUGAGAUUUUUGUAAUGUAUCACAUGCAACAAGAGCAAUGAACUCAGUAUCAGUUAAUAAAUGUUAAAAAUAUUUGGGGAUUUGAUAAAGACCUUUAGCGCUCCCUGCUGGUUGCUUUGACACACAACAGUAAAAUCGAUUAAAUUGAAACACUUAAAUUGUCACUAUUUUCUGAGACACUUGACUGUAACAGAGCCAUCCUUACUUUUUAUCAGGGGCAUCUGUGCUCUUCUUUGUGAUGAUAGGUCAGUUUAUCUGAUUGGCUCUCUGUAUUCGAAACUUAGGACAGUAAUUCAUUUCACAUAUCUCUCACAUACCAUGUAUUGGAUGAAUGUUUUUUAUCUGUUAUAAUCAAGUGUUGGCAAAAUAUAGAGAAUCAGGGCCAUAACAAAGAAGAAACAGUUACGAUUUUAGAUAUAGGGUCAAAUGUAAAAGAGUGAAGUAAUAAAGUGACAAGAUAAGGUAAGAAGAGAAAAAGAGAUAUAAACUUAUGAGUUUUACAAAGUAUAAUUUCAUUAAUGCGUCAUGUUCCUUUAUGCAAGGAUGCUCUUAUGAUCUGUCCUUUUAAAGCUAAAUCAAGUCUAUCCAUAAAAUCAGAUUAUGACUUUUUUCUUAUCAAUGUAUGUUUGUUCAUUUAUCACUUAUUUCUUAAAAAAAAUGUAUAAAGAAUUCCCCCAAAAAACUUUAUAAAUUUACAACUUUAAUGUCAAAAUCUUGUUGUGUUUUUUUAAGGUGGCCUUGAUACUCAUUGUAAUUUUGGCCAAGAAUCAUAGGAUUCAUGCAAAUUUCUUCCUUUUAUAUUCUUAUAUUUAUAUUUUUAGUCACCACUCCUGACCAGUCAGAUUCAGCUCUGGUUAGAAAAAAAGGGGGAACUGAGACUCCAAAACAGCCCCAGUUUUUAAAAAGCAAAAACACAGAAGUAACUAGUGACAACAUGAUUUGGUUCUCUUUAAGUUUCCCAGUAAGUUAUCACAGUCUUCUUCUGUAUGAUACCAUGACCCUGAUACCAAAUUCAGUCUUCAUGAUGACUACAUUAGUUUACACCAGUGGUUCUCAAGUCCAGUCCUCGAGGCCCACUGUCCUGCAUGUUUUGGAUGUUUCCCUGCUCCAACACACCUGAUUCAAAUGAUCAGCUCGUUAUCAAGCUCUGUAAUGGCUUAAUAACGAGCUGAUCAUUUGAAUCAGGUGUGUUAGAGCAGGGGAUCUAGAGGACUGGACUUGAGAACCACUGCUUUACACCUUUGUUUUUCAAACUGUGACAUGUCAAACUGUCUCAGAUUUAAAAAAAAAAAAAAAAAAAAAAAGAUGAUGUGGGUGUAAAUUCUCACGUCUAAACAAGUCCAAAAAAACAAACAGGAGAAUCCGAUUCAUGCCAGUCAAACAAGUCUUAGCUAACUUCCAGAUCCUGAGAAGGUGUGAAAUCAGAUGAAGUGUGAAAAGCUUCUGCGUCACAUGAAACAGCCUGUUUAAUGUCUUUCCUUUUAUUGUGUGAUGUAUUUUCUUCUUGACAAAAAUGUAGCAUUUGCUUUGCCCACUAGUUGUCAGUGUAGCAUUUUACUCAGCGGUCCUUCAAGCUUGAACCAGAUUGAACCUUCCCUGCCACAUGCUCACUCUGCGCUCUCAUUGGCUGGUUAGGAUGUUUUCAGCAGUAGUGACUUUAAAUCACUGUGGAGUGAGUAACACCUCUACAGUCCUGCUUCCAGGAAUUCUCUCUGUGCUGUCAGAGGCCUCGACACCAUGAGGCCUGAAACUAAAGCAUAUACACGACGCUGUCACACGCGCAUACAUCACUGCUGUAAUGCUACAAGUGUUUGUGGAAGCGGGUGUGACCUUAAAUCCGUUUUAUUUUCCUGGAAGGUUGUUUACACCUUUGUGGAUGUGGUUAUCAGUUACUCACACAAAUGUUCCGUGGUCAGAUUCGAGUGCGACAAGAAGAGAAAUGUCUUUACAUGACGUACUUUUACAGAUCAGGUGUGAUGUGCUUCUUUUUUUUUUUUCCCUGACACUACAGAUUCACCAACACAAACAUCAUCCACAAAGCUCCAGAGUGGACUCUCAUUGCCGUUCUGCUCCUCCACAUGUAAGUUUCUUGCGUACGCGUGUGUGUGUGUGUAGAUGUGCCAAUUUAGUGUGAACAGACCACACAACGAUGGGAUGGGCAGUUCGAGAGAAAAAUAAGAAGAAGAAGAAAUGAAAGACCAUUGUUUCCAAGAAAUUGCACCCUGUCAGCUAACUGAAAACCACUGUUUUUUACUGGAUGGGUGUGUUAAACUGUCAGUGUGCAAAAACAUGAAAAAAGUGUGACAUUUUUUUCAAACAUGUAGCUAUCUGUGGCAGAAAAAGAUUGAUACUGUCAUCAGUUCAGGCAACACAACAGUCCUGACAGUCAUUCUCACACUGUAAUCCUGAUCAUCAGAGAAAGACAAAAACAUCAAAAAAACAAAGAAACUUGGACCGACUGCUAAUCAGGGUAACUUCAGGAUUCAGAGUUUGAUGAAAACAGAAGAUUUGGAGUGCAGGUUUUUUUUUUUCUCCAUGCCAUAUAGUCCGUGUGUGUGUUUGUGUGUGUUUGUGUGUGUGUGUCGCUAGCAGGUCACUCUCAGUUCCGUGCUGCUCCUGUCUAAGUACACACUAACGCCUCACAGUCUUAUCUCCUCCUGUUUACCUCCCUCCAGAUCCGUGAUGUAGGACUCUGUACACUUCCAAUCUUAACACACUCACACAUCCACACACAACAGUGUCUGUGUAUACACUGAAGUAAAACCAGCUCCUCAAAAUGCCCUGGACUGGGAAAACUUUCACCUGAUGCCAGAUUUAUGACUCCCUCUGUGGCCCUCAGUCUGUUUGCAUCAAUAUCACCGUCUGUACUGUGAGUUCACUUGGACACAGUCCGUGAUGUGCAGUUUGGUGACACAAAUCUAGAUCUUUUAAUUACAAACAGUUUCAUCAGCGUUUCAUAUAAAUAAUUAAAAGUGUCAAUGAAAUCUUUUCUACUAAGAUGAAGUCGUCAAACAAGAAUAGAAGGUAAAUAUUGUGUCGUAUUUUGACUGUUUCAAAAAGAGAGCUUGAUAACUUUUAGGAAAUAAAUGUUUGAGGUGAAUCUCUGUGGAAAAAAAAAGCCGACUACAUUUGUUUCCGUGCACUUUGUUGGUUUCUCGUUACAGAUGUCAGUUAACAUAAGUGGAUAUUUCAAAACCACUGUUUUAGGAUUUGAUUUUAUCUACCUGGUCGUGACCCUCCUAAUAACCUACAGGCAACACGAUGAACACACUUUUCGACUGUUAUCUUUUCAGGAGCAGUCUUUGAUAAUCAGCCCCCUUCUGGAAACACUCAUUCUCUUUGUCACAUGUCCCUCUGCUGCUCUAUGAUUUCAUUCAACUUCAAGCGUCUCCAUCCGUCUAUUCCUCCAUCAUGAAUAAUUUGGCGCGCUGUCUUAUCUGUCUGCUGCACGGCAGCUGCAGAGCUACGCCGGCCUCUAUUGUUCAGGCCGGCUGAAUAAUGGAUGACCCCCCUGCAACACUAGACCCUGGGGUGAACCUGAGAUUAAGCAGCAGUGCACCUCCACACAGGUAGAGAGGGCAGGUAGAAAAGAGGGAGGGGGAGGGGGGACGAGAAGUGACGGGGGAGCGGCUGGGUUGACAACGAAGAGUUGAUUUGAGGCUGUAUGAAAACUUCAUUUAUGUUGGGUUUGGGUUGGUGCGUGAUUAAUCAUUACAGUAUUUUGAGGAGUUUGACUUUUCUGUGAUGAUUUUUAACCUGAUUAAUGUGUGUGAAUCAAAAUUAAAAACAAUUAAAGAUCACUUCAGUGUUAAGCCUUCACACUAACUCAUAAUUUUAUUAAAAGUUUCUCUUUAACUGUAAGUUAUAACCUUGGAGCAUACUGAAGUAUUAUAAGACCAUUCAUCAGUUUGACUAUGAGGAGUUUUUAGGUGGUCAUGAAACAGAUUCAAAUCAACCCUGGUGCUUUCUUGAUGAGCUUACACAUGCAGACCAUUAGCAAACAGAGUAACGUCUAUAAUGCAGUUUUAAAGCUGCUGGAGGAAGUAGGAGUCAGACUUAAGAAUUUAUUGUGUGGGAAAAACCUUUUUGUUUUUGUUUGUGCUUUAUCCACAUCAAAGAUUUUUAGUGAUUUAUUCAAAUGUGAAAAGAAAUCAUGAGAUUUUUUUUUUUUUGGCCAUCAAACUCAAAUUUUUUUUCGGGGCAAAAACAGCAAAGAGACAAGACGUUUAAAGGCACAGUCAGGAGUUUUUAUGUUGUGUACUUUCCAAUGAAGAAGGUGGUUUUUUUUUCCAGUGAUAAAGACUCUAUUUCCCUUCUGCACCGUCACUCUCUGUCGUAAAGAUCCACUUCUAGAUAAGGUCAACAUUUGUUGUGGGAGCAAAUGAAUAAGAGACAGAUCUUUAUUUUUAGCGCUGGUUUUCUUUGUUUAAGACAACUUUUUGCAGGAUGCGGAGUGAUUGAGUGAAGCAUUGAUUCAUAGCUGCUCACAAUUGUUGACUAUAUCAAAACAAAACUCAGACACACUCAGGUGAAUGCUGAAUUCAUAGAUUUACAUUUUUUUUAAUUAAAUAGAUAAGAAAAAAACAAGCAAAUUAAACAAAUCUGAACACAGACACAUCAGUUCAGUACAAAGAAAAAAAACUGCUUUGUUGGUGAAAACCUCAUUUCACUAUGUAGGUCAUGAAGAGCUAUUAGCAUGAGAGUGAGACUAUUAGUAUAAAAGUCUAGAUAUCACAGGAUGAUUCAGGUCAUAAGCAGACAGCAGCUUCACUGAAUUAUCCGUAUAACUCUUUAAAGCCAGAGCAAGAACUAUCUGACGUCUGAAAACUUGAUCUGUGACUCAGUUUUUCAAAUGACUGGAUGAAGUUGAAGACUUUCAGAACAACAUGAACCUCAAUCCAAAACAUGUCUCUUCUAACUCAAUCAUCUUACAAACCCUUAGACUCACUUUAAUCACUCAUUUAGCCUGUCCUUGAAUGUAUUAAAAGUAUUUAAAGACAUAUUUAUAUUUUAUUUUUGUGUUGGUGUCUUAUGUUAUAUUUCAAAAACCUGUCUGGGGUCAAGCCUAUGAUUGUGUGGUUGUGUGUUGCAGGUUGUCUGAGGUGUCUCCAGUGGUGCGUGAGGCCUUGGAGAAGCCGGCCUCGGUGGUUUAUUUGAACACACUGAUGGAGGAGCUCGGCCUACAGCAGCAGGACCUGCUCAACUUAGUGCGGAUGUUUAAAACCCCGACACACUGACACACACCAAGUCAGACACGGACAUUUAAAUAACAAACACACAUUUAUCAGGAAACUUGGACUGAAUCAAAUGAAGGUGUAGGAAUGUUUUUUUUUUUCACGAAUAAAAUUGUGUUAAAUAACUCAACACAGAAAGUCAUGUUUUUUUGUGGUUUGUCUCUCCAGGAUACAGGAGUGGAGUUUGAGUGUGUCUCUUUAUUGUCGCAGCAUUAUUGCAUGAACACAAUCUGUGUCCUGAGAUGUGAGCAAAUCAGAUCCUUGAGGUUUUAGAGCCCUGGAUGUUUAACCUCUGGAGGGCCAAAUAAAUCACACCCAGCUUUUCCCUGUGAAAACACCAUGUGGACACGCUGCUGGAGGAGCUCCUGCUGCCAUAAAAGUGAUGCUAUUCCUCCAGACUGCCUUCACACGGGGAGCUUUAUGGCACCAUUAUGGCAUUUGUUAUAUGGGUAUGUUAACAAUGUGUGUGAGUCUGAAAAUAUUUGGUUUUGACCAGAUGGCACAUGCAUCAAAACGUUCUUCUUUUUUAAGGUGGAGAUUGAGAAACUCUGAACUGUCGGCAGGACUAAGGACGUGAUUGAUGACCUGCAGUCUCACACAUCUUCUUGUUUUUUAGAAUAUAUUUUUUAACAAAGCACUAAACAAAGUUAUCAAUGAUGAAGCCGGUUUUAAAGAUUGAAACCUAAAAAAAUAUAUGGAUGAUUUGAAAUUUCCUCCUGUCUUUAUGUCAGUAAUUAAAUAAAGGCUUGUAAAUUCCCAACAGAAGAAAACAGGACUGAGCUGUAAAAGUUAAUGUGUAAUCCCUGUCUCUAUAUGAUUGGAUUGAAAACGCAGACUUUCACUGAGCAGACUUUUGUUCCUUUUGAAAAAACAAAAUAAAUCACAGCAUUAAAGAUUAAAACUCUUAUUAGCAGCGCUUUUGUUUUUUUCUUUUUGACUUUAAUAGUAAUAAUGAUGUGGAAACAUGUUUGAUAAAUAUGGUUUUAUUUCCAUAAAAUCAACCAGAAGAUCCCAGGCUAAAUAAUUAACUACGUUACAACAAUAGAAAUAAUUGCAAUUCAACAUAAAUAAAUACAACAGACUUCGGAUACAUUUAAAGUGCAGGAUUUUGUGUUCAUUUGAGUCCAUGCUGCGUCUCCUUGUGUCUCCUCAGGUCCACUUUCCGCUGGAACCCUUUCCCGCACAGGUCACAGCCGAAAGGCUUGAACCCCGUGUGUUUCCUGCUGUGCGUGAUCAGGUUGGAGCUCUGACUGAAGGCCUUUCCGCACACCUGGCACUUGUGCGGUUUUUCACCUGAUGGAGGAAAGAGAUCAAAUAAACACAAGUGUCCAGGGGGAGUUAUCUUUACGCACGACACGCGGUGAAACACUGAUUUGCCCACCCCACCCCCCACCCUUUAAUAUUCUUUGUGUCCUACCAGUGUGGAUGAAGGUGUGUUUUUUCAUAUCGGACUUUUGGUGGAACCUCUUUCCGCAGUACUGGCAUGGAUAAGGCCGCGUGUCCGAGUGAAUGAGCAGGUGCGUGGAGAGGGUGGAGGAGCGCUUGAAGCUUUUGCCGCAGAUUUUACAGCUGAAGCUCCUUUCCUGGAAAGAAAAAAUAACACAUUUAAUUUUAGGAGACACGAAGUGAUUUAUUUACCAAUAAGAAACCAAGAAGGCCGAGAAUCCGUGGCUCGUCCGGGGCCUUGGAGCUGAGUUAGGGCCUUUACCUGCGAGUGAACCGCUCUGUGCUGAUCCAGGCUCACUGCGUGUCCGAAGGUCUUCCCGCAGAUCCCGCACUCAAACGGCCGCGUCCCACUGUGCGAUCGCCGCACGUGAACCUCCAACCCAUGAGGAGUGGAGAACACCUACAGAAAAAAGGACAUGAAAACAUGUUAAGUGUUCAGAUAUUUUCACAUCUUCGUAUUGAUUGUGUUGGGGAGAUCACAUUUAAAUAAAGAACUGGACCUUGGCCUCUAAAAAGG